AUGUGUACUUUGCAAUCUGCCAACGUUGGAAAUCAUACAACUUCCAGGCUGAGUCGAGAGCUGUUGUCGCUAGACUUACCCCGCCUGUAUCCACUUGAGAAACAGUUCGGGUCUUCUUUCAUUUUUAUCUCCAAAAUCGGUGCCUGA